AUGCAGAAGCGUAUGCCAAGCAAUGCUACCAGGAUCUUGUAUAGUGGGUGCCCUCUAUGUCUUGAAGAAGAUACCUGUAAUCUUUGCUUCGAGUUCAAGCUCAACAAGUGGAGGGCUCCAGGUGAUAGGUGGGCCACCAGAAACCUAAAAGACCACGCUCCAAUUUCACCUCCAGAAACACUGUCAGCGAGUCGAAUCCUCUUCAUGGAGAAGAUGGGCCAUGUUUUUGAUAGUGGAUCGGGUGCUAAUAGUAAGAAGAAGAGAGGCAAGAAGACCAAUGACAAGAAAGCAACCUGUCAAGGGAAGAAGACUGGUGAGAAGAGGACUGCAGCAGGUGGUCAAAGAUCAAGGACUGCCAAGCACAGACAAGGGAAGAGGAAGGAGUCUAGCAGCGGAGCAGCGGAGAGCAAACAAUCAAGGCUGAACUUCACAGUGGAAGGAUACCCAAGAGAGUCAUCUGAGUACGAGCCUAGCGAGGGAAAGAUAGUGUAUAGGCCGCCGGGCUAUGGACAGAGCAAGGAGGACAAGCAUGAUGGCAUCAUAGCUCCCCACUGUGACAUCUGUCACCUCAAACCAUGCCUUGCCACUGCUUGGGACCAGAGAUUCGUGAUAGCUGCCACAAGCACUUGA